AUUUGCCACCGCCAGAGAUGAGCAUGGCCGGAAUGGACCGCCGCCCGAUGACGCUGCCCGAGAAGAUUCUGACGCACUCGGCCGUCGGCCUCAAGAAGCCCUACAUCGAGCCCGGCCAGAUGAUCUGCGUCAAGGCGCAAUGGACCUUGGCCUGCGAGAUCACGUGGAAGUCGAUGGACAAGACGUACCAGGACAUGGGCCGGCCGCGCAUCUGGCGCAACGACCGCUUCUGGCUCGCGAUCGACCACACGGUGGACCCGCGCGUGAACCAUCUCCCGAAGCAGCAGAUGAUGAUCAAGGCGUCGACCGACUUUGCGAAGGAGGCCAACCUCACCAACUUUCAGCCGCCCAACACGACAAUCCUCCACACCGAGUUUUACCGCCAGCGCGCGCAGCCGGGCCAAGUCGUCGUUGGCGCCGACAGCCACAGCUGCUCGACGGGCGGCCUCGGCGCAUUCGCGAUCGGGCUCGGCGCCGCCGACGUCGUCAUGCCCCUCGUAACGGGCGAAACGUGGAUUCAAGUGCCCGAGACGGUCAAGAUUGAGUUUGUGAACGCGCCGUCCUUUGGCCUCGGCGGGAAGGACGUGAUGCUCUACACGCUCGGCCAGCUCAAGUGCAACACGGUCGCGAUCGGGCGCUGCGUCGAGUGGACCGGCAACAUUGCGCCGCUUUCCUGUGACGCGCGCUUUGCGAUCGCCAACAUGACGGCCGAGUUUGGCGGCAUCGCCGGCGUCUUCCCCGCCGACGAGCGCACGCAAGCCUACAUUGCCACGCGCGAGUCGCACAACAACGACGCGCUCUACUUCCGCGCCGACCCGGACGCCAAGUACGCCGAGGUGUUCCAGAUCGACCUCGCGCACCUCACACCGCAGGUUGCGCUCUUCCCGUCGCCCGACAACGUGCAGCCGGUCGCGGAUGUCGCGGGCACACCGCUCCACGGUUGCUUCAUUGGCGCGUGCACGACGGCCGAAGAGGACCUCAUCCUCGGUGCCCUCGUCCUCGAGCAGUGCCUCAACGCGGGUCUCGUGCCGGCAAGCCACGGGCAUCGCCGUGUGACGCCCGGCAGCCAAAUUAUCGUCGACCACCUCCGUGCGUGUGGCCUCCUCGAGAUCUACGAGCGCGCGGGCUUCACUGUCGGCGCGCCCGGGUGCUCGUUCUGCCUUGCGAUCGCGGCCGACGUGGCCAAGGAGGGCGAGGUGUGGCUCAGCUCCCAGAACCGCAACUACCGCAACCGCAUGGGGAAGGGCUCGAUCGCGCACCUCGCGUCGGCUAUCACGGUCGCGGCCUCGAGCUUCAGCAUGACGAUCACGGAUGCGACGCCAUUCUUGGCCAAGAUCGACCAGGCCCGGUUCCACUCGUACUUGCCCAAGUCGACGCCGUUGCCGCCGAUCGUGCCCGCCGAGCCGUCGCCGGAGCUCCCGACGUCAGUGGCCGCCGAGGCAUCCAGCGACGGCGCGGUCGACCUCUCGGGACUCCCGACGGUCCUUACCGGCCGCGCGCAGGUGUUUGGCGACAACAUUGACACGGACGCGAUUCUGCCGGGCGAGUACCUCUGCGAGAACGACAUGGACGCGCUCGGCAAGGUCGCGUUCCUGCAUACGAACCCAGACUUCCGCGAGAAGGUCAAGCAAGGCCAGACGAUCGUGGUCGCUGGCCACGGCUUUGGCUGCGGGUCGUCGCGCGAGCAGGCAGUGACGGCGCUCAAGGGCGCGGGCGUCGACGCGGUCAUUGCCAAGUCGUUUGGGUACAUUUUCUCCCGGAACGUGCAGAACUUUGCGCUCGUGGGCAUCCAAGUGACGGACGAAGCCUUCUACGCGGCCGUGCAACCCGAGACGCCGAUCCGCAUCGAGAUGAAGGGCCGCACGAUCCACGUCGGCGACCAAGUGUUCCGCUUCAACAUGUCGCUGUUUGAAGAGCGCCUCUUGGCCGGCGGUGGCAUCAUGCCCCUCUACCGCAAGUUUGGCAACCGCCUCUUCCGCGUCGCCGUCGACUCGUCCGACGACGACAGUGCAAGCGCCUGCGCGACGUCGGCCACGUCCGAGUGCGGGUCGGCCUCCAAAGCCGUCGACGUGGCGUGGUAGAAAAGUAUCAACUUUGUAUCAACCAGCUAUCAACCUUGUACCAAUAAUAAAUGCUUGAAUGGACUUGUCAGUCGUGGAGUCGGGUGCAGGUAUUGCAGUCGAGGCCGUCCUGCAACACCAA